GUUUCGAUUCUCGAAUGACUUCGACACCCAAUCAGCCAGACCGCGUCAAAGGAGCAGAGCCCAACCCUCGUGAUGAUGUUUUGCGACUACGGGAGGAUCUCACACUUCUGAAGGACAAGUACGCUGAAGAGCUUGACGACGUUCUCCAAGCAAAGGAGAUUCUUCAGGCAGCAAAGCGCAACCUUGAGCAACAGAACCAAGAGCUCCACGAGGCGAACGAAGAGUUCUUCCUGGAGAAUGAGCAGCUUCGAGCGGAAAGAGACGAGGCCAAAGAAGCUCUUGAGGCUCUCGAGGGGAGAACUUUGACUCUCGAAGAAGCACAGACACCUGGCGCUCAGGAAGAAAAUCUCUCGCCGCUGCCCUUGCCUCACUCGGACGCUGGCGAGUCACCCUGUAGAAAGAGGCCUCGUCGCACCGAGACUUGA